AUGGCAGUGGCCACCACCGUGUCCGGGGCGGAGCACAACCGCAUUAUGUGGCGGAUGAGGUUGCACUCUGCACUUCGGACCGUUGUGGCGUAUAGUAUAAUUGGCAGCUCCACUCUUUAUGGACCACCUUGGUUAAGAAAAUUAGCGGCAUUUCCAGCAUUCUCAUAUGUAACAGCUACUCUCAUCACUAGCGACUCGACUCUAGGGGAAACGUUGAGUGGCUCUUGGCAUGCAAUUCUUGCCACAGUUCAAACCAUGCCGCUUUCCAUGCUUGGCGUAUGGAUAGCAGCCAAUGGGUCCGAUAGGUUGUCGCCGGUCGCUUCCGCCCUGGCAUUGGCGCUAACUUCUUUAUUGGUAGCUCUGUUAGAGUGCACACAUUUUAGGUGCAAAAAGAUUGCUUUCGGGCAGCUGGUGCUUGUGUUCGCUGAUGGUGUUAUUCGUGGAGUGCAUACGAGUGUUGUUGUACACCCUCUUCGUGUUGCAUGGAGUACAGUCCUUGGAAUCGUUGCUUCUCUUCUUGCUUUGUCGCUCCCUUAUCCGAAGCUAGCUUACUUUGAGGUCAGAAAAUUACACCAAUUAUAUGCUGAAAACUCAAAAGAGAGAGUGGAUAUAUAUUCAAGGGCAAUUAUUUCCCAAGACAAUCUCAAUGCAGUUGAACUAUUAUCCAGAGCCAAGCUCCAUUCUCAAACAGGAGCCAAGCUUUUCCACAGCACCAAAGUUUUGAAGGGAGGUCUAAUGUGGGAAACACCUUGGCUGCGAUUUUUCAAAUAUUGUUCCGAUGUUCCAGGAGACAAUGAACUCCAAAACAUGGAAAUAACAAUAAGAGGAAUGGAAAUCGCCUUAACUUCAUGUCCUUCAUUUUCCACUGUCCUGGUGACCGAAGAGUUAAAGGGUGCCUUACAACAUAUGUCUGAGCAAAUUUGUCGAAAAUCAGAGCAAACUACUCAUCAAGAAACAAAGGUAGACUUACACAAUGAAUCCCCUUUGAUCCAUAAUGACACCAUAUCUCCGUCUCAAACAAGCCUCCCUACAUUUUUCUUCCUAUCUUGUGCAAAAAUGCUGCUCACUAAUUCAUCCCCGUCACUUCUCAAAAAUUCCAAACCUAAUGCAGAGGUCCAUCCAAAAAGAUUGUGGCAUAACAUUUGGAUGAAACGACCAAGAAAAGAAACAUUGGCGUUUGCAUUUAAGUGUUCUGUUUCUUUAGGCCUAGCUAUGUGGCUAGGCCUACUAUUUGAUAAAGAAAAUGGUUUUUGGGCAGGCCUAACUGUAGCCAGUAGCUUAGCACAAGGCAAAAUAGCAACAUUUACAAUUGCUAAUGCUCAAGCACAAGGAAUUGCAUUCGGAUCAGUCUAUGGAGUCCUCGGUUGCUCUAUCUUCAAAAGCAUCGAUAACUUAAAAUUCUUAGCCCUUCUCCCUUGGAUCAUUUUCAGCAGUUUUUUGAAAAAUAGCCGGAUUUAUGGCCAAUCGGUUGGAAUUUCAGCAUUAUUAGGAGCGGUCAUGAUCUUAGGACGAGAAAACUACGGCCCUCCUAAUGACUUUGCCAUCAUAAGACUAACAGAAACUUUUAUUGGAUUGUCUUGUUUCACUAUGGUACAGUUCUUAUUCAAUCCGAAACGAGCGGCUAAUCUUGCAAAGAAUCAAUUACAUUUCACAAUGGAUAUUCUCAAAGAUUGCAUGAACCAAAUAGAGCAGCCAGAAGUGCUGGGAUUAAUGGAAAAACAGAGGAAAUUAAAAUCCCAUAUCCUGGAUUUACAAAAGAAAUCUCAUAAUGCAGAAGUAGAGCCUGAUUUUUGGUUUCUUCCUUUUAAUGCAACAUGCUACAAGAAGCUCCAAGGUUCUUUAUCAAAAAUAGCCGAUUUAUUUUACUUCAUGAUCUACAAUAUCAACAGUAUGUCACAAGAUUUCCAAAGCUGUGGUGUUGAUAAUCGGAAAGAGCUACAAGAAUGUAUAAAUGAUGAAUUGGAGCAUUUGAAGGAAACUACAAAUUCCUCACUAACUUUUCUUGACAAUAAGCCCAGUUUGAUCAAGUUGUUCCCAGAUGAUGAUCAAGAGGAGAAAAGAACUAAUGAUCUUGAGGAGGGGAAAUUACCAACAUACCCCAAGUCAAGUAAUUUGACUAAACACAAUGAUUCAAAAGGAGAAAGAGGAUUAAGUUUUUUUCUUGAGAGAUCAAAAAAAGUGAUUGAUCGAAUAUUGAGUAGCCAAGAAAAGGAGGAGCAAAAAGGAAAGUUAAUUGUUUCAUUGUAUGCAUUGGGAUUUUGUAUAAGCAGUAUGUUGAAAGAGAUCAAAGAUAUUAAAAUGGCUAUGAAGGAAUUAUCACACUGGGAAAGUCCUUAA